AUGUUGGUCCCAAUUCUAUGUCUAAUAAUAAUGACGGUGACAUCGAACUAUUCCCUGAGGGCAACUAAAAUGUUUACACACCAUGUCUCAGGGGAGGACGAAAAAUUAGGCCUCAAUAAAUUGGUGUAUAAUGUUGGACCUUUCAGAAGACAGAGUCUGUAUAAUGCAGCUGAGAAAUUCCCAGGAUUAAAACUUGUGUAUGCACUGGAUAUUGAUCGAGAGUUCCAAAACCCGAAAUCAGGGUUUUCUGCUAAAGACAUAGCUGGCUUUAAAGUAACCGACAGGUUUAGUAAAAUAUUUCAUCCAAGGGAUUUGAAUUCAACCUCACAAUCGGUGAACAUGUUCAGUAAUAUCUACAUGUCUAUGUUUCUACCGAACAUGACCCAUGGUAUACGUACGUCGUACAAACCAAUUUUGAGAAAUAAUACAAAGAAACCGAAAAUAAAUGUGCCAAAAAGCAUCUUUUUGUGCAUGAAGUGGAGCGUAUGGGUUUCUAUAUUGUCCAUUCUCCCGCUCACACCAAUUAUAAUUCUGUGUAUAGUGGAACUGAAUCGGGGCAUUAGGGACAACCAUAUGAUGGCGGGUUGUAACCCUAUAUUGCACUGGGCGUGCAAGCUAUCGGCGCAUAUGGGCAUAUACUGCGUUACUAUACUUCUACCAGUCAUUGUUAUAGGAGUCAUGCUUGAUUUUGAUAAGACUUUCUAUCAAUUCAAGUUUUUAGGAUCAAUUUUGCUACUGAUAAUAGUAUUUGGACUGGCAUUCCUGAGUCAACUGUAUUUGUUUAGUUUUUUCCUAAAUGAAAAUCUUGCUAUCAGCCAAAUAUAUGUGCUAUCUUUAUUUUUCGGUCUCAUCCUACCAAUAGUAUCCGCAGUAUUAGAAUCGGAAUGGAGUGCGUCCGUUUUCGUCACCAUACCGUUUUUCGUCAUAAUGAUUGUUGGUCGGCUCUGUCCAAUAUUCCCGUUUACUGUGGGCCUGUGUCGCCUAACAUUACAAGCUAGGCUCAAUGCCUACUGUAACCUGAAUAAAAGAAAAUGUCCCAACUUAAUUGUACUCGAUGAGCCGGCUUUUGACGUUGAUUUUUGUUGUGGUAAAUUCGAAGAUGAUAUGUUGUUAGUUAACAAUGUGCACAAGGAAUACUUUCGUCAUGUGCACAGAUGGGCCCCCCGGAAUGGCGUCAAAGGCGUUUCUUUUAGCGUCAAACAAGAGCAAUGUUUAGCAAUUCUAGGUGCUCAGGCUACUGGCAAGAGUUCACUACUGAACAUGUUGUCUGGGAACCUCGUUAUGUCUAGAGGUAGCGCCUACGUUGCCGGCAACCAUAUCAGGAAAAAUCGUAUUAAGUACUUGCACAACAUAAGUUUGUCGUCAGCGUCAGGAGGAAUGGAUGGCUUUAUGACUGGAGCACAGAAUCUGAUUUUUAUAGCACAAAUGCGGGGGUUCGAGAGCAGGAUAGCUUAUAAAAUAGCAUACGUGACUCUUCGAUAUCUUGGUAUACAUGCUCUCCAAGGUCUAGUGGAGCACUACAGCGCUGGUUGCUUGCGUCGCCUGUCCCUAUGUGGGUCGUUGGUUAAAGGCCCCGCUGUAGUAUUUGUAGACGAGCCGAUGCGAGGCAUCGAUCCUACCUCAAAAGUGCUUGUAGCUAAAGCGCUGCGGCGGCUCGUUCUACAGCCAGCCGCUGUAAUUGUUGCUGAAACUAGUGUCGCAUGGCGUAUCCUCCAACCAGUAAUUACCCGGAUAGCAAUAAUGUCUAAAGGGCAAUUAGCUCUCAUAGGGCCGGCGCAAGAAGUGCUAGAGUCCAUAGCAACCGGGUACACUGUGCGGAUCAAACUGAAGACUAUGACUGCGUAUAGGAGUGAUAGGUACCGGGCCUUGCCUGGUGAUGAUGAAAUGUCUGCUUCAUCUACAUCAAGCAAUGACGAGUCAGGUAUACACACUGACAAGAGUGUUAUGAUCGCGUCCAACAUCAGCGGCUUCAAGAAAGAUUUCCUUAAAGAAUUCCCCACUAGCCAGCAAACUGGGGAACAUUUGUCAAUGCUAUAUUUCGCCAUCCAUGAUGAGUCAGAACAGAAGAAACAACUCUACAGCGACAUGUUUGCAAAGCUGCAGGAGUUACAAGAGAAAUAUGAUGACGUGGUAGAAGAUUGUUACUUAAAUGCCACCACCAUUGAAGAUGUAUUCUUAAGACUACAGACUCAGAAAGCCCCUCCAAAUGAUCGUCAUCGCUCUAGCUCUAUCGUAAUUGACUGA